AUGGGCCAGCUCCCAGUUGCUCGUCUCACACCUGGUCGAGCGUUCCUCAACACUGGAGUUGACUACGCCGGACCAGUGUCUCUCCGCUCGUGGAAGGGGCGUGGUCAUAAGUCGUACAAGGGAUGGCUCGCGAUCUUCGUCUGCAUGACCACGUCCGCAGUCCAUAUUGAGGUCGUCUCAGAUUACGCAGCCGAUGGAUUCAUCGCUGCGUAUGGUCGUUUUGUUGCCCGGCGUGGACUCUGCAAGAACUUGUUCUCAGACUGCGGAACGAACUUCUUCGGAGCCGACAAGGAAUUGAAGAAACUCUUCUCAAUGGCGUCUAAGGAAUCGAACAAACUAGCCCAACUCUUGCUCAGCGAUGGAACCAGAUGGUCUUUUAACCCUCCAGGUGCACCGCACUUUGGAGGCAAAUGGGAAGCCGCGGUAAAGUCGGUGAAGUUCCAUCUCAAACGAACGAUCGGCGAUGCUCUAUUGACCUACGAGGAACUCACUCGCUCAACUCGCGACCACUGGAACUGCUAUCAGAGGAUCCUGAUGACGUCAGCGCGCUCACACCAGGUCAUUUCCUGA